CAUUGAAAUGACUUCUUCGAAGCAAGAAACGCAACAAAAAACAAUUUUACAUUUCUGGGAGCAAGGAAUACGCAAUGCUGCCGAAAUCCAUACAAAAACAAAGAUUCCACUUAGGACAAUUUAUAACAACCUUAAAAAAAUAAAUGCGACUGGUGAUGUCAAACGUAAAAGUGGUAGUGGACGCAUUAAAAAAAUAACCCCAAGAGCUUCCCGGUCAAUCGGACAGUUUAUUCGAAGACAACCCACACUUUCUUCUAAAUCUAUUGCUAACAAAUUAAAGGAUAUUGGUAUAAAUGUUACCCGGUCAACAGUUUCAAGGCACCUGACUAGUCUUGGAUACCGAAAUGCACUCCCACUUGCUACACCAAUGCUUACACAACACUGGUACAAAAAUGCAAGGCCAAUUCGCCCAAUACCAAAGGACCGAAGUAAAAUAUUCGCAUGGGGUGGUUUUUGUGUAAAAGGUAAAACAAGUCUCUUCUGUUUUAGGCGUAUAAUGGAUGGGAAAUUUUAUACAGAAAUAUUAGAAAAACAUAUUCCGGAGGACAAUGACCCUAAGCAUACUAGCCGUAUUGCUAAAGAAUUUCUUGAUAAUAAUAGUUUUUUGGGUGAGGAAUGGGAAAAAAUACCAAAUAACCUUCUAAUUAAUCUUGUAAAUUCAAUGCCACAACGUUGUAAAGAGGUUAUUGAAAAAAAUG